CGGAAAUAAAGAAACUCCAAGGGAAGCCAUUUUGGUUUUGCAAAUGAUACGAGGAUCGUAUUGCUAACGUUUACUGUGUGCUUUAUAUGCACAUUUCAAAGAAAAUGGGUAGAUCUCGAAGUCGCAGUCGAUCUUCAAGUAGACAAAGACACAAGGGCAAGCACAAGAAGAGGAGGACACGAUCUCGUUCAGGGUCUCGUUCAACGCUAAAGGAAUCCUGCAGACCCAGUCGUCACAGUCGAAAUCGUUCAAGGUCGAGAGAAAGGAAACGAAAUCGGCACGAAAGGAAACGAUCCACUUCCAGCAGCUCUAGCAGUGAUGAUGAUCUUAUCAUACGUGCGAAACGCAGGGAGGAAGAGGAGAAAAAGGUGGAGCUGGAACGACAGAGACUGCAGAAACAGAAAGAACUAGAAGAGCGAUUGAUAGAGGAGGAAGUUGCUAGACGUGUGGAGGAGCUUGUGGCCAAACGAGUUGAGGAGGAGUUGGAGAGACGAAAGGAUGAGAUUGAGGCUGAGGUCCGUCGACGUGUCGAGGAGGCGAAACGUAUCAUGGAGAAACAGAUGCUGGAGGAGCUGGAACGUCAACGGGAGGCAGAGCUGGAAGCUCGUAGACACAAAGAGGAUGAGGAGAGGAAGAAGAGAGAGGCUUUAGAACAAAUAAUGGAGGAAAACAACCGUAAGAUAGAGGAAGCACAGAAAAAACUGGCUGAGGAGCAGUUGAAAUUAGUAGAAGAGCAGAGACGUAUGUUAGAAGAAAAACAACGAAUGGAGGAUGAUGACAGACGUCGUAACAAACGGGAACAGGAGGUAAUACUCAAUAAGAAGAAUGCUCGUCCUAAGGUAUCCUUCUCUCUGGGAAAGUGAUGUGUGCAGUGUUCGUAGGAUCAAAGUUGUGCAAUUGGAGCAGAAAGCCUGUGGAAAUUUGGGCUAAAAGGUACAAGAUUCUGGAUGUCUUGAAGGCACUGCACAAGGACCCCUUGCAGCUUGUGACAAAGCUUCAGGUGUCCAGUAAAUCUAGAGUCUGUUCAUGCAAGAUUUAUCCGGUUUGUUUCAACAGUGAGAAUCUUUGUUUGCUCCUUCCUGUUCAACUGGAUGCCUCUACUCCUUAGCACCAGGUGAAAAGGAUGUUGGUUAUUAAAUGCUUGUGUGGGCAUGUUUUGUGGGUGUGUAGAGGAGUAUGUGUGUGUUGUAUGAGGGUUAGGGUGUGUAGAAUGUGUCGGUGUACGAGUUUGACGAAGUAGUGCUAGAUGAAGUGGUGUACGAAAGUACUAGUGUGUUGAGUGAAAAAAAGAGAUAUGUGUUUUUAUAGUAAUUAUUAAUUGGAUAUGUACAAAAUAUUCCCAUCUUUAAACUAUAAAUGUAAUGACAUUGUGAUGUUCAAUUUUAUAAUAUUUAUACUGUCAAAAAGGAUAUCUUGUAAAAAUAUUGUUUUGACAUGUGAUGAAAGAGGACCUUCUUGAAAGACGCACAUUAUAUAUAGUUUGUUGGUGUAACUGUGAUGAGCAGUACUAUCUAGAGAGUAUAUAAGCAUGCUAUCAGUGCACUGGUAGCCGAUAUCACAGAGAGACUGAAUAAGGGAUGAACUGUCUUGGUGAAAAGAGGGAUUGUGUAUCUGUAUGCACUUGUCUGGAAGCAGACAGAGAAUGAAUUGAGAAAAAAGUCUGGUGAACAGAGGUGUAGCUGCAUGCAUAGGCUAGCAUUGCACUUGGCUGGCAGUAGUUAUUACUGACUGUAUCUAGAUAAAAACUCUUUGUGUGGUGAGGGAGUGAUGUGUGAAGCAUGGUAAUGGAAAUGACAAGCUAUUGUCACCCAGUUAACACAGAUAGGGCAGCAGUACAUACAAGGGGUGUUCUAUGGUUUGGCUCAAAGUGCUGUGAAACUUGUCAUUUGCUCCCUUCAGGAUUAGGAUGAACAUUUCCUGUGCUGAGUGGAGGAUUCGCUUGCUGUAAUCUGCUACACACUCAGGCAGGUGUGUCAUUGUUCUAGCUUACAGAAGUACAUCCUCCAUUCAGUGCAAGACCUUUUCAUGCGCAAGUUGAAGGGUCCAAAUCGAAAGUCAAGAAAAUUUCAAACAGACUUCAAUUUUACAGUACACUGGGCUGACAUUUGCAUUGUCUGUUUACGUCAUCUGUUCUGAACUCAAUAGUUACGUCAUGAAACUCACAUUCAUUCAGUAUGUAAUGAUAAAUUAUAACUGUGCCAAGGAAGUCGAUUUUUUAGAGCUGUUCAUUGCAAGUGUUUGCUUUUGAAUGCACGACUUUUGAUGUUCAAAUGACAUUAAGUAUUUAAGAAAUUCCUUUUUUCGUUUGAUGUACGCUUUUAAAAAUUAUAGCAUCAGUCAUAGAUUUUUAGAAGGUACAGGUGGGAGUUAAGUUACUUAUUUUGUAGAAUGUAGGUUAAUAGAAAAAUAAGAUGAAUUGUGUAGAUUUCUUAGGUUGCUGAAGGGUUGAAGCUUCGGUUCGGAAGAGGUGUAAAUGCGGUAAGUAAUUAUAUUGCGUAGGCAGUGAAUAGUAAAUCGAAAACUCUAGUCCCAAGGUUGUGAAGCUUCUUUCUAAGAAACCUGCUUCAUUAUAUCUGUGUAUCAAGAGUGGAAAUUCCUGACAGAACAUUAAAUUGCGGUGUAUUCUGCUGCAUUUAAACAUGCUCAACACUUUAUAUAAUUGUGUGGAUAAUGUAGACAUUUUCAUCUGCUUUUCACAGAACAGACUUUACUCACAUUUAUCAAGACAAAGAUUUGUUCGAUAUUAUUUAUCUGAAUAUUCUAUUCAGAUUUAUAAUUACAAUUAAAAUAUUGUUCAAGAUAAAAUUGGAAAGUUUUAACAAAUACAAAGAAUCUGAUAUAUCCCUACAACAGUUUGAAUUGUUUCCAGCUUUAUCGUCGUUUACGAAUGUAACUAACUUAACUUCCUUCAAUGAAUGCUGUUGUUAUUAAAAAGAAAAAAGGAUACAAUUUUUUAACUUCAUAUGAAUUCUUAAAUUAAUUCUGUUUUGGAUUUUGUUGGAAGAACUUUUCCUUUGCUUUAGUACUUCAUUAAUUAUGAAUUUGCACUUCAUUGCAAUAAACUCUUGUCUGUAUAC